AUGGCCACAGGAACCCUGCUUGGAGAGAUCCCAACGUUCAGUGGUCAGCCUUUGACCAUGACGCAAACAAGUACCAACAGUGGCAUGGCCUAUGGCUCCCUGCCGCUAGCCGCACCUCUUAGCACUUCGCCCUUUGUGGCUGUGCCUGGAGUGACCUACACGACAACAACGUCAACACCUCCGGUGUCUUACAAGGUCCCAAGUGCCGACUCAGGGUACAUCUAUGGUGCAGGCAGUCUGCCUGGGGGCGUGAGCCUUCCUCCAUUCGAAUUCAAGUUUGUGAAGGAUGACUACUUCGACUCCCCGUCGCCCGUGGAUUCGACGAGCAACUAUCCUAAGGGCUAUGACAUGCCCGAGUAUGCUGAUGUCUCGGCGUUUCCAGCUCCACAGACCGCUGCAGCGCACCUCCAGGAGGCAGACCGACUGGACAGGGAGAUUGAAGCUCAUGACCAGAAAGUCCGCGAGUUGGCUGCGCAGCCUCUAUCAGUGCAGAAUCUGGAGACGCAGAUUCAGGAGCUUCUGGAUGGUCAAGAGUCUUUGAGGUAUGAGCUGCGACAGGUGAAGAUGCAGGUGGAGCAGAAUGCCUCAGAUCUGGAGAUCAUGCGCCGGGAGCUGCACGUGCCGCCGUCAGCUGUCGGCUCCAUGGUACAGGUGGCUCCCCUGCCUGUGGUGCAGCAGCAUCCUCCUGGCCCACCGCCCAUGCCCCACAUGCAGAAGCCCAUGGCGCAGCCGAUGUCGCUGCCCAUGUCGCAGCCAAUGACGCAGCCCAUGACGCAGCCCAUGACGCAGCCCAUGCAGCAGCCAAUGACGCAGCCAAUGACGCCGCCCCAGCAGCCGAUGGCCAUGCAGACGCAGAGGUCGCAGCGCGUGACCUUGCCACCGGAGCCAGCAGGAAAGUACGACAAAACCGUGCACAGCAAUCUGGGCUACUGCAGCGACACUGGUUUUGAUGCAUCCGACAUGCUGAGCAAGGCGCAUGCCAGGGCCAUGGAUUCAGCCAUGAGCUUCGUGCUCAGCUGGGACUUGGAUGCUUGUGUUGGCGUAGUGCCAUGGUGGAGCAGUACCUUAGAAAACAUAGUCUUGCCAGCUUUGGAUUUGCUCGUGGCCAUGAUGUCGGCCUACAUCAGACUGUCAAGGGCUACGUUGCUGGCUUCCAGGAUCGUCGAUGAAAGGCACACUAGGGGGGGAGACCAGGCAGAUGAGUCGGAUGAAGCAGACAGGUCCUCACCUGCCUCCGGCGCAGCGCAGGCGGCGGCUGAGGCCAUUGGUCGCAUUGCACUGACCACGUCUGAGUGGAGACCAGUGCUCCAUGGAUAUGCCAUGGAGGCAAUCGUGGCAUGGAUCCGAUCUGGCACGGCUGGGCGAAAGCUGAACAAGUACCUUUUCUGGGCAGCAGCCGCCUUGUCGGGAAUGCCUUUCGUAGCCUCUGAGCUCAAGCUGCACAUGAACUGCGUCUCAGCGGUAGAUGCGGCCUUGUGCACAAUCAUCGACAUUCUUGAUGAAGAUAUCGAUGGUGAGUAUACCUUGGCCGGCACCGAUCGAGGGGAGGCAGAGAUGCCCGUCCUGAUCGCACUUGUGGUGGAGGCCAUGCGGCUCCACCCCGCUGCACCUGAGGUGCAAGCCAGGGGAGCCACCUGCAUUGGCUUCUUGGUGCCUUUUGUAGAAUAUGCCUCACUGCAAGCAGUCGCCCCGGCAGCCAUCAUAGCAGUACUCACCGGCUCUAGACGCUUCCCCCGGCGGAUGGACGUGAUGAGUGGUACAGUGUCGGCCUUGAGAGCCUUUUGCGAUCUCGCCAGGUGCAAAAAGCGCCCGGAUGCGAAGGGGGCCGAGGUCAUCGUGGCCACGCUUGGUCGCGAGGGUGCCGCUGAUUGCGUGGAGCAGGCCUUCAGCUUCUUCUCUCAUUACGAUGACACGGGUGACAUGCUUGAGGAUGCUGCCGCUGUCUCCGCUCAGCUUGCUGGUGUGGAGGCUUUGCUGGCGCGUCUGCAAGAGGAGCCAGCACAGUCACACCUCCGCAUUGCCGGGCUGAAGGCGAUUUUCGAGGAGGGCCGCACCGAUCUUGACUUCCUCUCGAUGCGUGCCUGCGCAGUUGCUGUGGAGGCUUGCAAGACGAUGGUGGUAGAGGCUUCUCAGUACAACGAGUCUGAGAAGGAGCCGUCUGAUCCGCCGAUUGAUACUCAACGCUUGCACGAGGUUGCCUCCUUGCUUUCAGGCCUGUGCGCAGGACGGCUGCGGGCUGCUUGCCUUGCUUAG